UUGCUCUUGUAGUUCAGUGGGCGUGGGUCGGUGGGUGUACACGUCCUUACAGGAGGCAUGACAAAACCCAAUAUGAUCAAAUCUAUUAGUUCAUCACAGAUAUAUUGUGGAUAUAAGGAUAUAUCAUUACUGGAUAAGGAGGUGAACAGAUGCAUUUGACAGAGCUCUAUGAACACCGCGUUACUUUAUCAUAAGCAUCAUUUUGAAUAUUACAUUCGUUGACCGAUCGUUGUAUCUGAUUACCAUUAAGUGGCAGACGCAUCUGUCAGAGUGAUGGACUUCACACCAGCUGAAGAUCUGGAGGAGCUUUGUCCUGUCUGUGGAGAUAAAGUAUCCGGUUAUCAUUAUGGCCUUCUUACCUGUGAGAGCUGUAAGGGGUUCUUCAAGAGGACGGUUCAGAAUAACAAGAGAUACACGUGCACACAGAACCAGGACUGUGGCAUUGACAAAACCCAGAGGAAGAGAUGCCCAUUCUGUCGUUUCCAGAAGUGCCUCAGUGUCGGCAUGAGACUCGAGGCUGUCCGUGCUGAUCGUAUGAGAGGGGGAAGAAAUAAGUUUGGCCCAAUGUACAAACGUGAUCGUGCCCUGAAACAGCAGAAAAGAGCUUUGAUCAGAGCCAACAGUUUUAAAGUAGAGUCCAACCAAAUCCUGUUGUCCAGCGCCCCAGCUGAAUAUUCCCAUCCUGGGUCACUCCCAGGGCUCCAUCCUUCUUCUCUCUCAUCUCCGGAGUACGACUGCCCUCCUCUCUGCCCCGCUGCCCUGGGUGUGGCCCUGCAAAGCUAUGGUUCAUACCCAGCACAGUACCAAUACACAGCACAAGUACACAGUAGGUCCAUUAAGGCAGAAUACUCAGAUGUAUACUCCAGUUCACCUGACUCAUCACUUGGGUACACAUAUCCUGACAGCUGCAUGCCAGCCUCCCCCAACACCAGCCCCAUAAAUCCGGGUUUGCCCCCACUGGUGCUUGAGUUAGUGAGCUGUGAUCCAGAUGAGGAGCAGGUUAGAGGGAAAAUUUGUGCCUACCUUCACCAGGAGCAAAGUGGGCGAGGUAAACUGGACAAACCUCGGCCCUUCAGCCUGUUUUGUGUCAUGGCAGAUCAGACAUUGUUCUCGAUUGUCGAGUGGGCAAGAAGCUGUGUCUUUUUCAAGGAACUAAAGGUAGGAGAUCAGAUGCGACUGCUGCAUAACUGCUGGAGUGAGCUUCUUCUUUUUGAUCAUAUCUGCAGACAGGUGCAUCAUGGGAGAGAGACCAGUCUGCUACUUAUAACAGGACAGGAGAUCGAGUUGUCAGGAGUUUUAUCUGAUGCUGGCCUGACUUUAGCCAAUCUGAUACAAAAAGGACAAGAAGUGGCGAAAAGACUACAGCUCUUACAGGUGGACAACAGGGAAAUGGCCUGCCUGAAGUUUCUCAUCCUCUUCAAUCCAAAUGUGAAGCUGUUGGAGAACCAGCAGUUUGUGGAGAACAUACAGGAGCAGGUAAACAGCGCUCUGCUGGAGUACACGCUCUACUCGUACCCUCAGUGUCUGGACAGGUUCAGUCAGCUCAUACUGAGGUUACCUGAGGUCCGAUCGCUCAGUGCACAAGCUGAAGAUUACCUGUGUUACAAACACCUGUGUGGAGAGGUGCCAUGCAACAAUCUCCUGAUAGAAAUGCUUCAUGCAAAGAGAUCUACUGCCGUGUAAAAGGGACAUGCGUAUGUGCUACAAUAAGUAGAUUAUGAACACUGAAUACUUUUCCAAAGGCAUUUAUUUCAUACUUUACAUGAAUGUAUAGAAAUAGAUUUCUUUUUAAUCUUUUAGCGCCAUUUAAGCAAAGUGUGACAAUCAUAGGGGGACACAGAUGUGGGUUUUUCAUAUUAACUGAUCAUUUCACCUACAUGUUGCAGGUUUUUUAUUGAUAUCAUCUGUCUUUUAUUUCCUCUGGGAUAACGCCAAUCUAUACCCAGAUGACUCCGGGUCAGAUCCGCACCAGAGCUGCUGACUUUGGCGCAGAUCCGGUGUGGAUCCGGCUCGGAAUCGUCUGCAGUCUGGUUAUAGUACAAUUUGAACCCUGAUGUAUCUUUAUUAUUAUUAUUAUUAUUAAUAUCAUGCUAGUUACAUUUUUCUCAUGCUUUUGUACAGAUAAUGGUCAAUGGACUGUUUAUUGUUUGUGAUAUCUAUUUUUCAGUAUAUUUAAAAAUGUCUAAAAGGGCCUGUCCAAAAACUAAUUAGAUUCAAAGUAUUUAUUGAAAUGAUUUUCGAUAUAUUUGCAGCACAUUUUUACACAGAUUACUAAUUUACGUGUCUUACCAUUUAAAUGAAAUGCUUGCAAUAAAAUAAUGAAAAUAAAAUAGACACUGCUUUUAUUAUUAAAGAAAAUCCCCUGAUGGCCUUAAAGACUGAGAGAGCGAUUGUGUGUGUAUGGUCUUUUGAAUAGACACAUUUUGUGGCCAGACAUGUUGUUUCCCUCUCGAGUGUCUCUUCAGCGAGGCAAUAAAAGGAGGUAAUGGGAAGGUCAGAAAACAUUCACACACGCUGCCACCCUUGAGAGCUCACAAAAGGAGAGUGCACGUUUAGAAACCUUUCCCGUAACUAUUUUUUAUUUGCUAUGUAUUCAUGUGGGUCAGUUUAUUUAUUCUAAAAAAAACGUACAUUUUUAAGGUCUUGGAUUUUGCGUCUUCUGAAAUAUACUGUAUUACAGACACACGCACGUACUGUAGAUUCACAUCAACAACCAUUAGUUUAUUGUGAGAUUAAAAAAUGUAACACUGCUGUUUUCUAUGCUUAAAAACAUUGUAUAAAAAUAAGGUAUGCCUAUUACAAUAAAAUAUUUUUUGUUUUA